AUGUCUUCUCUCAGUAAGCGCGAGGAAAAUGUUUACAUGGCGAAGCUAUGUGAACAAUGUGAGCGUUAUGAUGAAAUGGUCAAGGCGAUGAAGGAUGUUCUGGAGUCCGGAGCGGACCUUUCUGUCGAGGAGAGAAACCUGUUGUCGGUAGCUUACAAGAACGUGGUUGGUGCUCGAAGAAGCUCCUGGCGCGUUAUUAGUAGCAUUGAGCAGAAGCAUGAUGGGGACGCAAAAAUGCAGAUCGCUAAGAAAGUUCGAGAGGAAAUUGAGAGGGAACUGAGCGCAACUUGCAAAGAGAUUCUCGACCUUCUCGACAAAACGCUCCUUCCCGCUGCGUCGAGUUCUGAAUCGAAAAUUUUCUUCCUGAAGAUGAAGGGUGAUUACUACCGCUAUGUUGCUGAGUUUUGCACUGGCGAUGAGCGCAAGCAGGCCUCUGACAAUAGUUUGAUGGCUUAUAAGUCCGCUACGGAGGUUGCUGAAGGGGAUAUGCAAACAACUCACCCUAUUCGUCUUGGUCUUGCUCUCAACUUCUCCGUGUUUUAUUAUGAAAUCAUGAACAAUCCGAAACGAGCUUGUGAGCUCGCUAGAAAGGCAUUCGAUGACGCAGUUGCCGAGUUGGACACUUUGCCAGAGGAGAGUUACAAAGACGCGACUCUCAUUAUGCAGCUAUUGCGCGAUAACCUAACCCUGUGGAAUAGCGACGCUGGUGAUACCGAUGCUGCUGAACCGCCGAAAGCCGAUUAA